AUGCGUCAAAUGUCGUCAACAUCAAGUUGUCUAAUCAAACAAUGUUUACGUUCCUUUCCUAAUUUUUUAUAAAACAAAAAUAAUGUUAGGGAACCUCAAGGACUUCAUUUCAGUCGUGCAAGAUGGUUUAACAUCGAAUAACAAUAUACGGCACACGCUACAAGAAGUACAGAAGGUAACAAAUAUAUUUAAAGAUAGGCAGAAAGUAGCACACGAGAGCAAAGUCAAUUACGGAGCUGGGGGUGCCUUGUUAGAGAAAUAUCAGGAGGAAUGGGCGAAGAUACAUGAAAAUGCUGACACAAACGCCAAGGCAGCUGAUGAAGUAGAUAAAUUGAUAUUAGAAUUACACGAAGAGACAAAAAAGCGUUUACAAAGUGCGAAUGAGUUAGCGAAUAAUUUGUCCAUGAUUCCUUCGUUGACUGCGUCCGUAGCGCAGUGUAUGGAUAGUCUGAAGAGCGUGCAGAGUCUGAUGCAGUCCGUCGAAGAAGAAUUAGUAGAGUUUGAGGAUAUUGUGGAGCGAAGUAAGAUGGAAAACUGGAAAUUGGACCAUCACUAUCAUCUGACUAUGUAUAAAGAGAAGAAAAUGGUUGCAUUAGAAGAGGUCCGCAACAAACUUGCCAAGGAAAACAGCCAGUUGAACUAUGAGCGAGAGAGACAGCAGCUGGCGGAGUUCCAGGUGAAGAGAGAGCACAGCUCCAAUGCCUUUCAGCUGGACAUGGCCAAGUACUUAGCUGGGAUUACUACUCCAAGUAAUCAGCCUUCAACACCAAAAGUAACUCUAGAACAAAUUCAACUGGAAGAUGAUUGCACGGACUUGGAGAAGUUCCUGGACAGCUGAUGUGGCAGCCACCUGGUAUAGUGAUACGUUCCGAGCUUGUACAAUUAAGACUUAUGCAUUCUAUUUUAUAUUCCAAAGUUAAUAUAAUGUUUGUUGAAUAUUUUAA